UCCGAUUCCGCUGUAAUCCGAAAAUGACCUUAUUUACAUACGGAGCGCCACCUAUUGUUUGUUUACUAUAUUAAAACGAAAGCGGAAGUGUUGUUUUUUUGCGCCGGUACAGAAAUAAUUAGAAAUGUCUUCUUUUCUGAGAAUUAAGCCAAAGCAGGCAAAGGUGAAGAUGGCAUAUGACAGGGGCAAUCUGUUGAGGGCUUUUGAAGCAACACAGAAAUGCAUGUCUGUUUAUAGGGCUUCAAGAGAGUACAGUGUGCCAGAGUCUACUCUUCGUGACAGAACAAGGGGUCUGGUCCCUGUUGAUGUAGCUGUUGGUUUUAAGCCUAUAUUCACCCCUGAAGAAGAAGAAGAAAAACUUGUGGAGCAUAUUUCAUAUAUGGCUCGUAUUGGAUACGGUUAUAAUGUGUCCCAAAUAAAAUAUAUGGCAAGGGAUUAUGCUCUUCACCUGGGUAAACCUGUCAAAUCUUCUGAAAGGUUAAGUGAUUGUUGGUUUUACCAAUUUAUCAAGAGAUGGCCCAACUUAAAAAUAGCAAAGCCACAGAAACUUGCAAUCUCCAGAGCCAAGUCUGCAUCAAGAGAGGUCAUUGAUAGCUAUUACUCUGAACUUUGGACAAUUCUAAAUGAAAAUAAUUUAUUAGACAAACCUGAGCGCAUCUUUAACAUUGACGAAACUGGAAUAUCAACAGAACACCAACCCCCAAAACUUGUAUGUAAUACUGAUACAAAUCCUCAGGCUGUUACAUCACCAAGGUCACCUUUAGUUACCAUUAUAGCUGGUGGAAAUGCUAUUGGCAAUGGUAUUCCACCAUACUUUAUAUUUCCGGGAAAGCGCUGGAACCCUGAAUUCCUCCAGAAUGCAUGUGUUGGCUCUUCAGGAGAAAUGACCAAGAAUGGAUGGUCUAACACGGAGGUUUUUCAAAAUUAUGUAACAAAACAUUUUGCAAAGUAUGCCAAUUUGUCAUCAGAUACACCAACACUUCUACUUUAUGAUGGCCACAAAUCUCAUAUUAACCUCACUCUUACUCAAUGGGCCCAGAGAAACAAUGUAAUAUUGUUUGUGUUGCCUCCCCAUACAAGUCAUUUAACUCAACCAUUAGAUGUUGCAGUUUUUGGGCCAUUCAAGAGAAUGUACAGUAUGUCAUGUCACACAUACAUGCAACAAAACCCAGGUCUAAAGGUUUCGAAAUAUGUUGUGGCAGAGUUAACCUCUACACCAUACAUGAAAGCCCUUUCUACAGAAAAUCUGCAAGCUGCCUUCAGGAAAACUGGUGUAUUUCCAUUUAACAAAUCAAGUAUCACUGAUAUUGAUGUUGCCCCAGCUGAAAUAUACAAAAACAACCAAGUUUUGGAAUCAUCACAAUUGUCACAAAAAGAACAAUCAUCACAUCAGUCACCAAAAGAACAAGUUGAAAUUGCAACAACACAUAACACUGAUGAUACUGAUAACGCACCAUCUUUCUUUUCUAAAAGAACUGUAACUAAAGUUGUAGAAAACAAACCCAGAAAGAAGUUUGUCCCACCAUUUCUGAGUGGAAAUUUGCUAAGUGUAAAAAACAUUGAAAUAUUGGAAAAAUCCAAACAAAAACCUCAAGAUCAAUUGCCAAGUACAUCGGGAUUACAGAAAUCUGGGGGGCCUAUUUCUUUGGCAGAAGAUCAUGAUGACAGCAUGGAAACUGAAGAUGACAAUGAAGACUUGUGCUGUGUCUGCAAUGGGUGGCAACCUGAAGAAAUAAGAGGCUGUGACACAAUUGUAUUUGUAUCAUGGGGAAAAUGUGACUUUUGUACUCAUUGGACACAUUUAAAAUAUUGCUCUGAGGUUAGAGUGCUAAGAAGAGACAGUAUCUUCAGAUGCCCUCAUUGCAAACUAAAUGAGUAAAAAUGCAAUAGACAGUUAUUUUUAUACAAAAACUUGGUAAAAUACACAAAAAUAUUUAAAAAGUUGUUAAAUUUUUGACAGUUUAUAGUUAAAAAGGUUAAUUUAAUUUAAAAGUUACUAUUUUUGGAAGUGUUGUGCCUACAUGGACACCAUAUUUAAUAUUGCAAGAGUUACCGCGGUACUGUAGUGCUCUCCCUUGAAGUACCUGCUGAGAAACAUGGCUUAUUGACCUACAUUUAACUGUUUAAAAAACGGAGUUAUUUUUAAAAAAGAUAUGUGUAAUUAAGAGUCAACAUGCAACAGUAAAUCAAGGUGUAAUAAAAUAUUUAAGGUAAGUUCUUUUUAGUUGUACAAUUUGCAGGAUAUUAUUAAGAACAACGGUUCCAUAGGGGACCAUCCUAUGAGCAACAGAAAUAUGCCUCAGGUUCAGAUAAAACGUAUGCCGUUUGGAAAUGCAAGACUAUAAACCAAGAGAGUCCAAAAAGCAAAAGAAAUGACUUUGACAUAUCUUGUAUUACACGUAUAAUAAUACAAUAAACAUGGAAGCAUAAUAAAUCUUUUACUCUUUUACAUACAUUUUAAGGAGUAAAAAUAUUCCUGUCAGAUUUCAAGUUUUACUCAUUCACAAAAAAAUCAAUGAGUAAAUACUCAUUGCCCUAAAAAAUUAUCUGGAGCCCUGGAUAGCGACUCAAUAUCAUUGGUACCAGAUGCGCGAAGAUAUAAGCUUGUUUAUCAAAAGUUGUGACACGUGCGCAGUUGACAACAAAUCAAGUAGAUCUCCUAGAGCACCUAUGGGCUCCCUAACUGCUGGUGCACCAUGGGACGUGAUUGCAAUAGACUACACCGGCCCAUUUCCAUUAACACCUAGGGGUAACCGUUACAUAUUGGUACUGAGUGAUCAUUUUACCAAAUAUGUCGAAGUUUUCGCAGUCCCUGACCAAACCGCAGAGACAUGUGCAUCUAUAAUUCUCAAUAAUAUCAUAGCCAGGUGGGGAUGUCCCUUGAGUAUCCACAGUGAUCAAGGUUCGACAUUUGAAAGUCGACUUUUCGGGGACCUAUGCCAAAAUGUUACAAUUUAGAAAAACGCGCACGAGUGCACGAAAUCCACGUGCCAAUGGCCAAGUGGAAAGAUUUAAUAGAACGUUGUUGAAAAUGAUAAGAGCAUACUUAGUCGGUGAACAGGUCAAUUGGGACCUUAAUCUCGGAUGCCUAGCCGGCGCGUAUAGGGCAUCUCCUAAUGAGUCAACCGGACUUUCGCCGAACUUAAUGUGCAUUGGUCGAGAGAUCAGAACGCCAGCGGAUAUAAUAUUUGGCCACGUAAAUGCUACAAAUUCGUCUAAACUUUAUUAUGAUACAUCUGUUUUGGAAUAAAGGUAGGAUGUUGCAUGCGCACGAGAUUGCACGUAAACAUUUAUCGGUUAAUGCCAAACGCAGCAAAGACAUUUAUGACUCAAAAGUUAAUUUUCAUAAUUACAAAGAAGGUGAUUUGGUUUGGUGUCUUCAUGAGACCAAGAAAAUAGGGGUUAUGCCUAAGUUAGAGAAGGCAUUUGAUGGGCCAUAUGUUAUUAAAGAAAAGAGGUCAGCUUUAAAUUAUGUGCUGCAAUUAAAUAAAGGAGGUCAAGAAAGAGUUGUACAUCAUAACAAGCUUAAGAGAUAUGAAGGGAAAAAUCCUCCUAAAUGGGCGGCCAGCGCAUCUAAAAAAAUUAAAGAGACCAGUCUCGCUGUAUAAUUAGAAAUUUAAAAAAAAAUGUUGAAAUAUUUUAUUAUAUUAUUUGUAAAUUGACUGUUGUCGUGACCAGCGACUACUGCCUACAAUCUUCAUGUAAAUGUGUUUAUACAUAUAAAUGGAUGUUUUGAUGUGAAAAUAAAUGUUAUGUACAUUCAAAUACCGAGUGGUG